GUCGAUAGUGAGGGAGAGUGGGACUGUCUGAUGUCGAUGUGGCUGCUUGAUCAUCGACAGCUGAAUGACUUGUCUGUCUGCUCGAACCAAUACACACACACAGCCCAAAGCGCAUCGACGAUACACAGCCUAUGAAAAGUUACGGAAAAUAAAAUCAGCAGCGCACGGACAUGCACACACCAUCGACUCACGGCUGUCGAUCGAUCAAGGAACACACAAAAAAUGCAUUGCAGUCUGGGAAAUCACACGCAGAGACAGAAACCACAGACACUCAUUAGCCUCUUCCACACACCAAGAGAGAGGAGUGGGAUCACACACAAGGCACAGCACAGCACAGGAAAGCACCGAACAUACGAUAAAAUAGAAUACACACGAUGUGUCUGUCUGUCUGUCUGCUCUGCUGUUCCCUCCCUCCCUCCCUCAUUCAUACGUUGGCGAGAUCACCGCCGUCUUGUGGAUUGCUCACAUUCCCCACCACAGCUGCUGCCGGAGGCCCGUGGGACACGACGGGGGCAGGCAGAGACACCGGGGCGGCCGCACCGGCUGCUUGGCGCUGCCUCUUGACCCUCCGCCUCUCCACGCACUUGACGACGACAUCGAAAAGCAACAGUAGCACCAGAGGGACGAAAUUGACGGAUGAGGCGGCAAGCAUGAGAUAGGGGCCCACACCAACCUCACACGGCGCUGCGUGCAUGUCGCCCGUCACGGCGUUGAAGCACCAGUUGACGUUGGUCAGGUGUGUCCACACGAAGAAGGCAACAAAGGGAAACCCAUAGCUUGCCGUCAACAAGACAGCGGUGAUGCGGUAUAGGAUGGUGCGGCAACCGGCUGUCGGCUCACCCUGCAAGCCAAAGAAAGGGACUGCGAAGGAUAGUCCGAUGAGAAGGGGCCAGGAGAUCGUCGCGGCGAAGACAGCGAUGCGCGCGAUGUAGUUACGGCGCCAUACAGCGGCCGCCUUGUCGUCGCCCCUCUGGAUGCUCUUGUCAACAAGGAAGCCGUACGAUGCCUCACACGCACAGGUGCUUCCCGAGUCGUAAGUCGUGUAUGUGCACUUCUGGAAUCGCACUCGUGUGUCGACGGUGUCGCGUGCGCACCGUCUGGCGUCGGCUCCAUCCACCAGCUUCAGCCGGAUCGUGUAGCUGUCGACAGCCGUGAUGCUGUACAUCUGCUCCAUCUCCUCAUAGAACUGUGGAGAGAGUGAGUGCGGGUGAGCGGCUUCGGCAGCAUAAUGUGUUGGGGAGCUCCGCCAGUCGGGCAAGCCGGCCAAUGGGAUUCCCAGGCCACAUAUGACAAACACCAACGCCCCGAUGCCGGGCGCCCAGACCACAACCCAACGCCGUAAGCGCUCCCUCAUCGCCUCUGUGACACGCAGGAGUCACACAAACUGACACGACAGCACACAGAUCUGUUGUGUGUGUAAUGGCGUGCCGCUCUGUGCUCGGUGCUGAGUGCGUUGAAGAAAGAAAGCCGCUUCAUCAAUGAUACACAGCUCCUCCCUGCAUACACCGACGACACAAGAGAUCAUGCAGAUUAUGUAUGGCUGCUUUUAUCGUCCCCCUCACUCUGCCCUUCUCACCUGGACGCUCUGCCUGUGUCCUUGCCACCCACUUCUCCUUUUCCGCAUGCGAGCUUUGGAUCGUUCGGUGUCUUGUCCAGGGGAAAACGUUCGUCAGAUAGCUGUGCGUUGCGUGUGCGGUGCAUUCGGCCGAGAAAACGGCGAGGCGAAUCA